GCAACUUGCGAGCCCAUGUUCUGAGACUGCAUUCGAUACCAAGGUCUGAAGAGAAGGUGUACACGUGCCAUUUUUGCACCUGUGUGUUCCGCAAGGUCAGUCGUAUGCACGCUCACAUCAAUCGCACUCAUCGCGAUCUCAUCGCCAAACAAACUGACGGAAAUGACGAUGACGAUGACCCUAACAAGGCCGCAGGAGAGACAGAUUUGAUGGAGAUGGGUGAUUCUACUGCUAAAGAUUCUUCAGAUAAAGAAAACGACGAGGGACAAGACAGUUCUAAUCGACCCGAAGUUGGAGGCCGACCGACAUCAAAAUCUAAUCGUAAUGCCAGAAAGAAGUCUAAAUCUGCUGGCAACUUAUGUACUUACUGUGGAAAAUUAUUCAAGAAACCAUCAGAUCUAGUCAGACAUAUUCGAAUUCACACUCAUGAAAAGCCGUUUAAGUGUGAACAUUGUUUUCGAUCGUUUACUGUGAGAUCUACUCUCACCACACAUAUGCGAAGGCAUACCGGAAUAAAAGCCUACGUCUGUCGUGCAUGUAACAAGACAUUCUCCUCCCAAGGAAGUCUCAAGAUCCACUUGAAAUCGCAUCUGCGACAGAAACGCUAUCACUGUAAGCACUGCCUGCUGCGUUUCUCAACCCUCAGCGAACGAGCGUUACAUAUUCAGAAUGCGCACGCUCUACUUGAGAUGGAGCAGUCCUCAAACGGACUAGAUAAGUCAGUCGUUUUGCCUGAACCGCUUAUCAUGACAGAAGAAGUGUGGCACAAAAUUGUAGUACGCACCCGAGAAGGCACCCGGUCUAUGGAGGUGUACUUGGAGGCCGGAAAGGUAGCAAUAGGGUCUGAGGAGGAUCGGCCACACAAGUGUACAGAGUGCGAUUCCCGCUUUCGCAAAACCAGCAAUCUCACAAUUCAUAUGCGUACUCACACUGGUGAACGGCCAUUCCUGUGCGAUAUGUGUCCCAG